UAAAACAAACGUCAGAUUUUUCCGCGAGUGUCAUUACAAAAUACAAUACAAACUUUUAAAAUUUUACCUUGUUCUGUAUCUUAACUAUUCCGCUAUGCAGAGGGAUAACUGACUAUGCAUAAAAUUUGUGCAAUAUCAUAGUUUAUUGCGCAAUACGAUAUGUGUUGAUACAGAGAUCGGUACAUAUAAUUCUCGAAUUCCGUAAGUACUCUUGUUUUUACUUAUCAGUUAUCUCGAAAGUCGCACGUUUUGCAAGUGUCCAGACCGAAAAAUGGGGCUUUUAACCGAAGGAACCCCGCUGUCCUGGGAAGAGACGAAGAAACUAGCCUCGCACGUACGCGAACACGGAAUCAAACAGUUCAUCAACAUCUAUAAAAAAUUAAAAGAACGAAAGGGAGAUGUCUUAAAAUGGGGUGACGAAAUCGAGUACAUCAUCGUCAAGUUCGAACACGAGAAACAGGAAGCCAAGGUGAGUCUUCGGGCAGUGGAAAUGCUAGAAGUUUUAAACGAAGCCGAAAUUCAAAACCCCAACACGGUUAAAUUCUUAUGGAGGCCUGAAUUCGCCGCAUAUAUGAUAGAAGGAACCCCGGGAAAGCCCUACGGGGGCACGUUGGCGCAUUUUAACGUCGUGGAGAGUAACAUGAGAAACAGACGUGAGGAAGCUAGUGAAUUGUUGAAGGAAAACGAGUGUCUGAUGACUCUGACGAGUUUUCCUAGGUUAGGGUGCCCCAAUUUCACCGUUCCUCCAUCACAACCAACUCCAAACGAGGGGGGAACAAAGUCCUUGUUUUUCCCGGAUGCUGCAGUGUUUCCUGGACAUCCUCGGUUCAUGAAUUUAGUGAGAAAUAUAAGGAAACGAAGAGGUGAACACGUAGCUAUAAAUUUACCAGUUUUCAGGGAUAAAAACACGAAGAUUCCCGUCGACGAUUCGCACCGGAUCCGGAAGGCGGCGUUGCCAGAUUGUGUGUAUUUGGACGCGAUGGGAUUCGGAAUGGGGUGUUGUUGUUUACAGUUGACUUUUCAGGCUUGUAACAUCGACGAAGCUAGGAUUCUGUACGACCAGUUGACACCACUGUGCCCCAUUAUGCUAGCAUUUUCCGCGGCCUCUCCCAUACACAGAGGAUUUUUGACAGACAUAGACUGUCGCUGGAACAUAAUUUCCGGUUCCGUAGAUUGUCGAACCGAAGAAGAACGCGGUUUAAAACCCUUGAAAGAGAAUAAGUUUGUUAUCAAGAAAUCUAGAUACGAUUCCAUAGAUUCAUAUUUAUCACCGCAAGGUGAAAAAUACAACGACAUUCCUAUUUUGUACAACGAGGAGGAUUACAGGAAACUGAGAGAUAACGGCAUAGAUCACCUGUUGGCACAGCAUAUCGCGCAUUUAUUUAUUAGAGACACUGUGUCGCUGUUUUCUGAGAAGAUCAAUCAGAACGAUGAGGAGGAUACGGAUCAUUUUGAGAAUAUACAGUCGACCAAUUGGCAGACGAUGCGAUUCAAACCUCCACCUCCUCACUCAACUAUUGGCUGGAGGGUGGAAUUCAGACCAUGUGAAGUACAAGUGACGGAUUUCGAAAACGCCGCUAUAGUUUGUUUCGUCGUAUUGUUAACCAGAGUUAUACUGUCCUAUCAGUUGAAUUUCCUCAUUCCAAUCAGUAAGGUAGACGAAAAUAUACAGAACGCUCAGAAAAGAAACGCACUGAAAGAUCAGAAAUUCUGGUUCAGAAAGGAUAUAACGACUGAUGUCAGCCCGCCCGAGGCUAACCAGUGUUGUAAAGGCACAAAAUGCGAAACCACUGAGUGCGAUUUGAUUGGUCUGAUGACGGUGAACGAAAUCAUCAACGGCAAGCAAGGAGAAUUUCCAGGGCUGAUACCGCUGAUCAAUAGUUAUUUGAACGGAAUGGAUGUGGACGCUGACACUCACUGUACUAUUCAGCAGUAUCUUAAGUUCAUUCAGAAGAGAGCCAGUGGUGAAAUUCAUACUACGGCGUCGUUUAUUAGGGAUUUCGUCACGAAUCAUCCGAAUUAUAAGCAAGAUUCUGUGGUAUCCGAUGAAAUCAACUACGACCUGUUGACCACUUUGAAAGAUAUUGAGCACGGCGAGAAAUCUUGCCCCGAGCUGCUGGGUUACAGCGCCACCUCGAAAACUAGAGAAAACAUACCGCAUGCCUUAAAGAACGAUUUUUAAAUCAAUUUUAUGCCACAAAAACCUACACACAUACAUUCACACACACACACUGUUGAGUAUUGUAUUUUUAUCGAUUUUUACUUGUUAAUUUUUUUUGUAUUAAGUGCAAUGCAUUUUUUAGAGUUAGAUCAAAUAUAUACGUAUAUUAAAAAAAAUCCAAUUUUUUUGUUAGAAGAUAUUAUAUUUUAUAGUCAGGUAUUUAAAAAAAAAACAGAUUAAAAACUUGUUUCA